UUAUAUCUGGUUCUUUUGCAGAUCGAUUUACGAUCAGCCCAAAUUUCUGUUCCUUUUUCUCCUUGACCUCCGUGUUUUCAUAGGAGGAGUUAAAUUAUGGCUUUCAGGGGUAUAUCCAGCGGUCGAAGAAUGCUUCUAGCUAGUCUCGGUGUAGGUACCGCCGCCGGAGCUGGCGUGCUAUAUGGGCUGAACGAGUCAGUGAAGGCGUCCGGAAUCGAGUUACAUCCACCUCACCUCCCAUGGAGCCAUCAUGGAUGGUUCAAAUCUCUCGAUCACGCCAGUGUCCGGCGCGGGUAUGAAGUAUACAAGCAAGUCUGCGCCGCCUGCCACAGUAUGCAAUACAUUGCAUACCGACAACUUGUUGGAGUUUCACACACAGAGGAUGAGGCGAAAGCUGAAGCCGCUGAAGUACAGGUUGAAGAUGGUCCUGAUGAUACGGGAGCCAUGUACAUGCGGCCAGGGAAGCUCAGCGACUACUUUCCUAGUCCGUAUCCCAAUGAAAACGCCGCUCGUGCUGCUAACAACGGGGCCCUUCCACCUGAUCUUACCACGAUGGAGCUCGCCCGACACGGGAAUGAAGAUUAUAUCUUUCAUUUGCUGACGAGUUUCUGUGACCCGCCGGCGGGCGUGGACCUCGGCGAAGGUCAGUACUACAAUCCGUACUUUCCGGGCGGUGCAAUUGGUAUGGCUCCGCCCUUGUAUGACGAGAUCAUCGAGUACUCUGACGGUACUCCAGCCACAAAAGCCCAAUUAGCGAAGGACAUAACAACGUUUUUAAAAUGGACUGCUGAGCCGGAAUUCGAUUUGCGUCAACAGAUCCUCCUCAAGGUUCUUGUAAUGGGAUCAGUCCUCUUGUCUUUGACGUAUUACUGGAAGCGGUUCAAGUGGUCAGCAGUGAAGUCUAGAAAGCUAUUCUACAAGCCGGUCAACUUCCCCCCUGCCAAAAAAUAAGCACCUCUUUUGUUGGAGAAGGCUCCCGUGUUGAAUUUCCUUCUGCUCUGUCGCAUUACGCGUUAUUUCUUUUAUCUCAUUCAUUGUGGGAGAAAAGUUAGUGUCUUUUUAAGUUUUCCGAAUUUUUUUUUCUCCUGGCUCUCGAGGUCUUUAGUGCUGAAAGGAAGAGUAAACGUUUGAGGAUACAUUCUCUUCGAA